AUGCAAAACAUAGCUAAAAUGAUAACAGAACAACUUCGAAAUCCUAAUGAAUUGGAUAUAAGCUUAAGGAUGGAAUUCGGUCCAUUUGAAACAGUGCAUAAAUGGAAGAGGAUGUCGGAAUGUUUUGAAUUUGUUGGUGCAAGGCGAAGUAAACACACAGCAGUUGCUUAUAAAGAUGCAAUCUAUGUGUUUGGAGGUGAUAAUGGUAAAUCAAUGUUAAACGAUCUAAUUAGAUUUGAUAUAAGAGAAAAAUCAUGGACUAAAACUGGGUGUAUGGGUACACCUCCUGCACCAAGAUAUCAUCAUUCAGCUGUUGUACAUAGAUCUUCAAUGUUUGUUUUUGGUGGAUAUACUGGAAACAUCUUAGCAAAUUCAAAUCUUACAAAUAAAAAUGAUCUAUUUGAAUACAAAUUUCAAAGUGCUCAGUGGGUACAAUGGAAGUUUACUGGCCAAGAGCCUGUACCUCGUUCUGCACAUGGUGCUGCAGUAUAUGAUGAUAAGCUGUGGAUAUUUGCUGGUUACGAUGGCAAUGCGCGGUUGAAUGAUAUGUGGACCAUUAAUUUAAUGGGAGAAAAUCAUCAAUGGGAGCGAGUAGAGCAGAAGGGUGAAUGCCCUCCUACAUGUUGUAAUUUCCCGGUAGCGGUCGCCCGCGGCAAGAUGUUCGUGUUCAGUGGGCAAAGUGGUGCUAAGAUAACAAAUGCGUUAUUCCAAUUCGAUUUCGAAACCCAUACGUGGAGCCGCGUGUGCACGGAGCACCUGCUGCGCAGCGCGGGCCCGGCGCCGGCGCGGCGCUACGGCCACGUGAUGCUGCACCACGCGCGGCACCUGUACGUGUUCGGGGGCGCGGCCGACAGCACGCUGCCCUCUGACCUGCACUGCUAUGACCUUGAUACGCAGAUGUGGUCCGUCGUGCACCCGGCGCCAGAUUCGCAGAUCCCAUCCGGACGGCUGUUCCACGCGGGUGCGGUGGUUGGCGACGCGAUGUAUAUAUUUGGUGGCACUGUCGAUAAUAAUGUUCGGAGUGGACAUUUAUAUCGUUUUCAGCUGUCAAACUACCCGCGCUGCACGCUGCACGACGACUUCGGGCGCAUCCUCAAGUCGCAGCAGUUCUGCGACGUGACGCUGCUGGUGGGCGGCGAGCACACCGCCGUGUUCGCGCACCAGGCCAUGCUGGCGGCGCGCUCGCAGUACCUGCGGGCCAAGAUCAAAGAGGCAAAAGAGGAUCUGGCAAAGCGUAUAGCAUUGGGCGAGGAGGAACCCGCAGAGGAGUUCUCGUACAAGUCGCGGCCACAACUCACGGUGAAUCUGCCUGAAGCAACCCCCGAAGCCUUUCGGAUGGUCCUCAACUAUAUAUAUACUGAUAGAAUAGAUCCUACUGAGAAAGACGAGGACCCGGCGUCGCCGGCGACGAUCCUGCUGGUGAUGGAGGUGCUGCGGCUGGCGCUGCGGCUGAACAUCCCGCGGCUGCGCGGGCUGUGCGCGCGCUACCUGCGCGCCAACCUCUGCUACAGCAACGUGCUGCAGGCGCUGCACGCCGCGCACCACGCGCGCCUCGCAUGCAUCAAGGAGUACUGCCUGCGGUUUGUAGUAAAGGACUACAAUUUCACAGCAAUCGUGAUGUCGUCGGAGUUCGAGCAAAUGGAGCAAAAGUUAAUGGUGGAAGUGAUCCGGCGUCGACACCAGCCCUCCAACAAGAUGCCAGCGAACGAACAGGACGAAGAAGUGAUAGGUACAACACUAGAGCAGGACAUGUGCGUGUUCGUGGGCGGCGGCGGCGCGGAGCUGGCGGACGUGCGGCUGCGCGUGGCGGGCGCGUCGCGGCCGGCGCACCGCUCCAUACUGGCGGCGCGCGCGGCCUACUUCGAAGCCAUGUUCAGAUCCUUCUCGCCGCAGGAUAAUGUUGUUAAUAUUCAAAUUUGCGAUACAGUGCCAUCAGAAGAAGCUUUCGACUCUCUGCUUCGGUACAUCUACUACGGAGAUACCAACAUGCCCACUGAAGACUCCUUAUAUUUAUUCCAGGCGCCUAUUUACUAUGGUUUCACAAACAACCGUUUGCAAGUGUUCUGCAAGCACAACCUGCAAAGCAACGUGUCGCCUGAGAACGUGCUGGCCAUCCUUGCGGCGGCGGACCGCAUGCGCGCGCAGGACAUCAAGGAGUACGCCCUCAAGAUGAUUGUGCAUCAUUUUGAUUCUGUUGCCCGUCAAGAUGCAAUUAAAAAUCUAGCCCAGCCAUUGCUAGUGGAUAUUAUAUGGGCGUUAGCAGAAGAAUCUCGUUUUGAUACUCCUCUCCCCCUACAACCUCGUUCCCUCCCUUCUUCAUCAUCAGCUGACACCCUGACUGAGGACCCAGAAUAUAUCCGUCAUAAGUCCGGCAAA